UGUCAUUUGACAUUGUCACUAAUUUACUGCUAUUAUACACUUUAUUUUUACUGUAGGUGUGCGUAAUUUGAUGCGUACCAGUGUGAGUUCUCUAAUAAAACAGGCCUACUGUGCCCAGCCUAACAUUCAUGAGAUCUUCCACAUCAAAUGUCCGAUAAUAUGUUUGGUACGAUGCCAGAUGACCCAUGCUACCGAUCGCUUCAAUCAGCUGGAUCAAAACUGGAGAAGAAGAAAUAACUGGUCUUACAAGCUUUGGAAAUACAGAUGGAUGUUGAUCAGCUGGCUGCUAAUGUCCAUCUUAAUGGUAAGUCUUUUCAUAUACGGUACAAUAGUAGGUGCGGGGCUUUGUGCAAAUGGAGGAUGGAGAUAUUCAACUUACAGCUAUCCUUGUGCGAAGAAGUUUAACUUUCCUGGUGUACUAGGUGGACAGAGUAUUAGUAUAAUAUGACGUAAUUUGUCUAGAGAAAAACAAAGUAAUAUUAGCUCAGAGGCAUUAUAUACAAGAUACUAGAAAAGCAUGUCUGUUUAUUUUUAAUCAAAAUAGAUGAAG